CUCACGCACAGUAGUUACAGUUGUGCUCUGUCUGGCCCGGGCCGCGUCGUGAUCCAUGGAUCAUAUCAUCACCAAGCGCGCCACGGAGAGCGAUCGCAACAAUGCCGACGGGCAGCCGCCGCCGCCGCCACCGCUGCUCGACUCGCCGCUGCCCACGCCUCGCCGGUCGUGCGUCUCUGUCGAGGCGCUACGCACGCGCUGCCGCCGCGACGCGUCGCCGCUGCGGACGCAGGUGCCGUUCUCCUGGGAGAGCUCCCCGGGCGUGCCCAAGAACAGCGCGUGCGGCAGGGACGACAUGCACAAGAAGGCGCAGGCGAUGAUGCCGCCGCCGCCGAGGCCGCCGCCCGGGCGCCUGCUGCAGCCGUACCUCGCCAGGAACUUGUACUACGGCAACACCAGCGAGGCGAGCAGCGACGACGACGAUGACGACAGGUCCUUCUCCGACGCGCUCGACAGGAUCUCCUCGCCCGAGCGGACCGGCUCGUUCGACCGCGUCACGUCGAAGCGCUUCGAGGACAUCUUCGUCGGCCGCACCUCGAGCUUCGCCAAGGACCGGACGCGAACCCGACACCCUGGCGCGGAGGCCACCGACUCGUCGGCGUCGGGCAGGCAUCCGAGACAGCCGCGUCGGGGCAGCACGCGCCGCGGUCACGACGAGGACCGUGACCGUCGGUGGACGCCUAGGAUCGUCAACGACAGCGUCCCCAUGCAGCUGAUGCAGCGGAUCAAAAUGGACGCGGACGCCGAGGAGAUGACCCCAAGAGCCUGUGGCCUCAUGGUGUUCUUCCCUUGGAGCGCAAAGCCAGCGGUCUGUGGGUUCAGGAGCCCGGCGGCGCAGCACGCGACGACGACGACUCGCGCCAGAGCCGAGGUGCCUUCACCUUCGCACAGUCGCAGGGUCACCACCACCCUGCGCGACGUCAUCAAGGAAGAUAGCCAAGCCGAUAGCAGCGACAUGCCGCCGCCGCCGCCGCGUGGAGAGAAGAAGAGGGGCCGCGACCGCGACGACUUGCCGAGCCGUCGAUGGGGCGUGUCGUCGUUGCUUGACACGAGCAAGAAGUACUGCACUGACGCCCGGAAGGCUCUGAGCAAGCUCUCCAUCGGACUAGGAGCGGACGGCGGCAGCCCCAGGAUUAGCGGCGAGAACAGGAGCGGCAAGCUGCACGGUGGUUUCUCGUCAACGCCGGCGACGCCGCCCGCAAAGUUGACGCAGCUGAAGGCUAACAGAAACUGAGGUGGCUUGAGUGCAGAAAUUAUCUGCACUUAUAGGUAUGCACAUUCUAUAUGAUCUGAUGUCCUGAUAGAUAGAAUAAAUAAGGAGUAUACUGUAUAUUUUUGUGAAGUCUUGUGGGUAAUCCUAUUACUGUUGGGAUAAUGUGCACAAACUGUCAUUUUAGCAUGUUAUUAGUUCUCCGAUCAUAAAAAAAUGUAAGGGGAUACAUGGUUUCUACCUCUUUUGUACAGUACAAUGAUCAUUGAUAUAUUGAUAG